ACUUCUUUUCUUUCCUGAAUCGUGUUUGUGUUGUGACUUGCCAUGCCUGAGCCGGCAAAAUCCGCUCCUGCUCCUAAGAAGGGCUCCAAGAAAGCCGUCACCAAGGCCCAGAAGAAGGACGGCAAGAAGCGCAAGCGCAGCCGCAAGGAGAGCUACUCCAUCUACGUGUACAAGGUACUCAAGCAGGUCCACCCCGACACCGGCAUCUCGUCCAAGGCCAUGGGCAUCAUGAACUCCUUCGUCAACGACAUCUUCGAGCGCAUCGCCGGCGAGGCGUCCCGCCUGGCGCAUUACAACAAGCGCUCGACCAUCACUUCCAGGGAGAUCCAGACGGCCGUGCGCCUGCUGCUGCCUGGCGAGCUGGCCAAGCACGCCGUGUCCGAGGGUACCAAGGCGGUCACCAAGUACACCAGCUCCAAGUGAGCCCUGCCUGGACCGAGCGCUCGCCCGUUCGCGCGAUUCGCCGGCCGCUUGACUCCAAAGGCUCUUUUCAGAGCCACCCACCCAAUCACCAGAAAAGAGCCCUGUUCACUUAUGUUUCCUCUUAGUGUCUUCUCACAAAGUAAGUUGUUUUAGUUUAAAGGUCACAGAAGAUGGCACACAUAGCUUUUUAGUCAUUUGGGACGCUAGGUUCUUUGCUCACCAUUGGAUUUGGUUUACAGUGCGUCUUUUAUUCAUCGUACUCGUUUUUUCUUAUGAGUCAGUUCUAAAUCAGGAUUUUGGGAACCCUAACCCCUCCACCGACCUCCCACCCCUGCUUCCGCACUGGUGUUCCGGUGGCUUCGUUGGGUAUGGUUUCAACGUUUUAAAUCGAAGUGACUGAAAUAGGCCAUAAUUUAAGUGAGCUCCAGGACACAAACCCAGGUCCCGCACACACUGACAGCUCGGUGCGACUGAAGCUUGGCGGCCGCUUGAGUUCAACCACCAGUCUGUCCUGUGGAUAUCAGCAGCUCUGUGUACUCUGGGCGGAGCGCGCGCAGGCAGGUCCCAGCCUUUUCCUGAUUGGGCGAUAUUAUUAUUCAAAGUUCUGCGCCGUCCUGUAAUUCGUAAAUUUGAUUUUCCGCCGUUCACUUUGGGACUUUGAAAUUCCUACUGUUUCUCGGUUUGUUUAUAACUUUUGCAUUUGAUGUUCUCUGUAACGCUCGGACCCCGGGUCACUGCAGGCACUUGCCAUUUAGAUCUGGGCUCAAAAGUCAUUUCUUGGAGACCUCCUAUAUCAUCUACUCAGGAAGUCGCGCCCUUUGUUCCUGUCCGUUUUAUCUUCCUCGCAGCAGCUAUCUGAAACUGGUUUGUUAGCUUGUUUAUGGUUUAUUCUUCUCAAGUCCUUGACGGACUUUGUUGAUCUUGUUUUCCCCUGCAUCUUCAGCGCCAGUCAGUGCCUGGCACAUUGUGGACACAAAUACUACUUAUUGAAUUAAUCUUUUGGAGUUAAUUUUUCGAUUCCACUCCUUUCUUAAUCGCUUCCGUGGAUGCAUGGGUGUUGUUCAUUUUCAAAAGAUGUAUGUGAAGACAUGGUGAAAACGGAAAUGCUUUUGGAGCUCCUUCCCCAAAUCUAUCCUUAGUUACCUCAGUGCAACAGCUGGCAGGGGGGCCGUGUUAAAGAUUCUUUUAGCGUCAAAGAGGGGGUGGCAAUGGUAGGUCCUCUCUAUGCUUCUCUAUUUAGUUAACCUCUUUUGGAUUUGUUUCAAAGUCAGCGUGUUUGUUUACUGGAAAGAGACUUUUUUUCCUUCUCCUUUUCUUACACCCCCAUCUCCAUCCUGAUUCUCUGUUCCCCACUGACUUGAGCUUUUAAUUUACACUCACCACCUCCUUUGCUUUACAGGAGGCCCUGGGAGAUAGGCAGGACUACAGAGUUCAUCUCCCUUCUACAAAUGAGGCUGAGAGAAGCUAAGGGGUCCACGAUCCUGCAGCCAACACUCUCUACCUUUCUAUCCUGGGAAGGAAGUUAUAAGUGAGGAAGGGGGAAGAGGUUGAUAGAGUUUGGUAUUUUAACUCUGGAGGGGAAGUUUGUCAGUGAUGUUGAGAUUAAUUCAAAUGCAGUAUGAUCGCAUUUGAGUUUUAUUUUGUGGAAUUAUGGAAUAUUUAAUCUUUCUGUCCAAGCCUUGAUUUUGCUGAGGAAGACACAGAUGGUCCAAUCAGUUAUUCAACUUGAUUUUUGGUUAAGUGCUUCUGGAAUUGAUUGUAGGGGUUUCAUGAAUCCAAAUGUGCUUCAGGCAUUAUCAUAGACCCAAUAAAUCAUAUGUUUCCUACGUGUAUUUUCAAAUAUGUACAGAUGCUAUUGUUAUUAAUAAAGUUACCAAUUAAUUUAAAAGUU